CAACAUUCAUCAACUGCAUCAUGUGCCAUUUACACACCAACAGAUAUGCCAUCUGAAGAGCAUGACUAUUGUCGCCAAGCACCAUCUCUUGAAGAAGAUCUUGAGGCAAUGAAGAUACACAUUUCUGAACUAGAAGAAAGGGUACAGCACCUUGAGAAGAAAGUAGAGAAGUUUGGGAUUGAGAGAUUUUCUAAAGAUCCAAAUUUGAUAAAUUUUUACACUGGUUUUUCUACUUACGAUAUUUUUUGUGCUGUAUAUAAUGUUGUUGAGCCAACAGCCUCAAAUAUGAUCAGGUGGUCACAAGUUCAGAGAAAUAGAAACAUUGUUUGUAAUCCUUUUAGAGAAGAGUCUUUGUCAAUUGUAGAUCAAUUUUUUAUGUUUUUAUGUAGAAUUAGACAAGGUUUUUUUGAAGAAGAUUUAGCACAACGUUUUUGUGUGUCUCAAAGCACUGUUAGUCGUAUUAUUAUUACUUGGAGCAAUUACUUGUAUUGUGUUUUGGGAUGUUUACCCAUAUGGCCAGAUUUAGAUAUUGUUAAACAGAAUAUGCCAGAAUGCUUUAAGACUACUUUUCCCAAUACACGAGUUAUUUUGGAUUGUACAGAAAUACGUGUGCAGACUCCAAGUGCCAAAGUACUUAACUCUCAGUCAUAUUCAAAUUACAAGUCUCAUACUACCUUUAAAGGCUUGAUUGGUAUAACCCCUCAUGGUGCUGUAUGUUUUGUUAGCAGAUUAUUUACUGGCAAUAUUUCUGAUAAAGAUGUUACACAAAGAAGUGGUAUACUUGAUCUAUUAGAACAAGGUGAUGAUGUGAUGGUCGACAAAGGUUUUUUAAUCCAAGAUUUACUUGACAGUGUUGGUGCACACUUGAUUAUUCCACCUUUUUUAGGAAGUAAAGUAAAAUUUAGUAAAGAUGAAGUUAGUAAAACUCAGCAAAUAGCAAGACUAAGAAUUCAUGUAGAAAGAGCUAUCAGAAGGUGUAAAGAGUACCAUAUUUUUGAUAAUGUUCUGCCAUUGUCUGUUGCUGGGACUGUAAACCAGAUUUGGUCUGUGUGUUGUUUAUUAACAAAUUUUAAAGAAAAGUUAUUUUGAGAGAUAUUUUCAUUGAAUUGUUGAAGAGUGUUGCAUGUAAAUGAACAUCAUUUGCAUAUUUGAAUUAUACUAGACAUGUACAAUGGAGAUGGAACUUAUACCUGUAUAUAUUUAAAACAGAAAUCGUUGCAGGCUUUAGGAAUUUUUUUUUGUAAAUUUUUAUUGAUAUGUGCUUCAUGUGAGAAAGAUCUUUUUGGGAAAAGAAAUUAAUACCAUGACAUUUUUUCCAGAUUUGGGAAAUUUGAUGAUGUAAUGCACAUAUUUUAAAAUAGGAUUUAAUUAAUACAAGUAUUUUUAAAUUGCACUGUAUUUGUAAUGCUAUAAUCAGUUCUUUGUUAAUUAAUUAACACAAUUGCAAUUGUAUUAAGAUUUACUUUGUAUGGUAUGAUUUUUGUGUUUUGGAUGAUUGAUUGUUUAGUGAUUCACUGAUUGUACCAGUAUAAUGUUUAACUUCCCUCUUGAGAAUUUUUCACUCAUCAACUUCUUACUCUGCGACUCUAGAGCAGAUGCUCUAACCACUGCCCCAAGUGGGAUCAAAGCUCAUUAAUUACAACUUUUUGAAAAUAACAAGCCUUUAAACAAAUUUGGAUCUACAUUACCUAAAGAUGCUUGCAUAUUAUUUCAUGUAUGACAAAUCCCUCUCCCCUACAUGUGUAUAUUUCAAUAUGCUAUAGAGGAAAGAUAUUUGAACAAACUUGGAUCUACACUAUAUCAACAUUUUGAUCUACACUAUAUACAUGUAAGGAAGCUUUUGCCUCUUAUGGCUAUAAAAGAUUUUUUUUUUUUUAGUAGAAAAGGUUAUGAUGCCAAAAUGUUCAUUGUUUCCCAAUCAUUUUCCCAGUACAUAUUCAUUUAUAUGGAGAAUGGGGUAAUUCAUUUAAAAUAAACAGAUGAUAGACUUCUUUUGAUCAGAAAAAGCUUACUUGACUUUUGGAUUGGCUAAACCGAGAAACUAAACAAACAAAAAUAACAGCAUGUGUGCAUGUACUUGCAUGUACUUUUUUUCUUUCUUUUGAUCCAUCAUAGAUGCUCAAUUUAAAACCAUACUGCCACUUCCUCCAAAAUUAAUUCCAUUGAGACCAUUGAAUCAAAAGUGGGACCAGUGCCCAGAGGUUCCCUUUUUUUCAUAUCAGCCAAAAAAAUUGAUGAGAAUUAUAAACCAUCCUGCUUUUCCUACUUUUCCUGAUUACAAUUUAGGCCAUGCAAAAUUUAUUCUUUGGUUCUCAGGCCUUUUUUUUAGGAAAUAUGAUAAGGGAGGGAGGCAUUUUUUUUUUUUACUUUUUAUUGCCCCCAAAAUAUGAUGAGGCAGCUUUUUACACUGUACAAAACCUCAAUAAAUGAUGAGGGAGGUUAUUUUUUUUAACAUAUUUUAUUGAUUUAGCAAUAAAAAGGGUCAACGAGGCACCCUUGGAAGAGAGGGCCUGAGAACCAAGAAAUUAAUUUUUUAUGGCCUUACCUAUACUUGAUCAAUUUUUAAUACAGCUCUGAGUCUGGAUGAACAAAAUGUUUAUGAUUGACUUAAUAAACGUGUCAAAAACCGAUUCUGACAUCAAACAAAAUACAGUUGAACAGUCUUAAAAUCCCCACUGGAAUUAAACAAGAAAACAGAGAAUUUAAUACUUCAUCUACAUUUAAAAGAUUUUGUUCACGGAAAAAAGAUUUUGAAACUUUGGCUGACGCAUUAUUAAAAAGUAACAAAUUUAAACAGUAGCAUGAAAUUUGGACUUAAACAUGAACAGAAGCAUAUACUGGUAUAACAGAAAACAAUGUCUUAAAGCAGGUUUAGUCAACAAUCCCUCAUGUUUUGAUCUGAGAACUUCUCCUGACAGGAAAGUCAUAGACCCCAACUUUGUUCCUAUGUAUGGGCUAUUAGAAAUUAUUUGUCCAAGUGCCAACUUGAUUACAAAUUUUAAACAUUUAACUCUUGUGAAUGACAGCUAUAAACUAAAAUUCUUUCGUGAAUAUUACCGAUAUUAUCAGAUAAUGGAUCAAAUAGGUUUGACCGUUGCUUUGAGGUGCGAUUUGUUCAUUUAGUGUCGAGAUGACUACCAUAUAGAAAGAAUUUGUACCUGGAAAGUGGUAGGAAAUGAAACAAAAAUUUUACAUAUUUUAUUUCCAUUACUAUUUACCAAAAUGUGUUCAAUACUGAAUAUAUAACAUCAUUUGUUGUCAUUGUAUUUUGAUUGAGAGAUUCCACAAAACAAGACAUGUUUUACUUCCAUUACUUUUUACCAAAAUAUGUUCAAUACUGAAUAUAACAUCAUUUGCUGUCAUUGUAUUUUGAUUCUGAGAUUCUAAGAUGUUCUGAUAUGGAAUUGUUUGCUGAAUGGGACAAUAAAAUUUUGAUUUCAUACAAUCUGUUCUUUUAAUUUAUGUGUACAUCAUCAACUGCUUCAGAAUGAAUACCCUCUAACCUCUGGGGUACAUGUAUAUGCCAUGUUUGAGGCAUUGAUUAGAUUUGACACGUGGCACCAUCUUUAAAUCAAGCUUUUGAUAGUGGGCUAAUGUGUAUAUAGUAGGCCUAAAUUAUGGCUGCAAUGUCCAGAGCCUGCUUUCAUGUGCAGUUAGAACUUUCAACAGUGGUGCAAGCUGCAGCUUUAAGAGCAAUUUGAAAAUUAUGUGGGGAAUCAUUUUUCCUCAUAGAAGGAAGCACUUGGCUCAAAUACAAGCACCAGUCCCCCCUGGUGUACAUGGUCUCACUGAAACAAUAGGAGAAGCUUACUUAGCUUCCUUGCAAGUGAAAAUUGAUCAGGAAACGGAAAUAAAAACAACCAAGGACAAAAUGAAACCGAUUUCAAUAAAAGAAAAGAAAUUUGGACAAAUAAUAUAUAAUAAAAAUGAAUAAAAGAAACUGAAAACAAAGUUCGGAUUUAUUUGCAACAUUAUUAGGAAAGCAAAAGAAUCAGAUGCUCUAUUUGUUAAUUUAUACAAUAAAUUUCAGCUAUAUAAUAACUUCAAAUGGUAUUUUCGAUAUAUAACGUAAUACAGGACUUUGACGUUUGUGAACAUGAUGGUGUGGAACAUGUACAUGUGGACUUGGCUACUCAAGAGGAAAAAUAUUUUGAAAAAUAACCCUGAUUAUUGUCAGUGCAUCAAUUCUACAUU